AUGUUUUUGUUCAUUUUCGAAUUAGCAGCCAUUUUUUGAUUUCGGGAAAUCAUUAAAACCCGAAUUGGGAAACGAAAUGCUGCGAUUAAUGCAAAUUUAAAUAAUUAAUCGUACAUUCACAUCUCGGAAAUUGUUAAGAUCGACAUCAUCUACUGUUUCAAUACAAAUGAUAGUUUCUUAUUCGUGAUUUCAAGGCACGGCAGAACGUUUUCGAAUCGUUUUUCGAAGCGUUUUCCAUACAAAUCGCGAUCUGUAAGACAUCUAACGGGUGAAAAAAGCAGUAAAGUGUCAAUUGAAAGUGUCAAAAAAAUAUCACAAAUCGCCAUUUUCCUUGGGAUAUCUUUGAUAAAAUUAUUAAUUUUAAUAAUUUAGAGAAAGUCCCGAGAAAGAUUUCAGUGUUUAAAUUAAUCGUGAAAGUGAAUCUAAUCCGUGCAAUUAAAAUCCGUAAAUUUCUGUCGUUUAUAGUGUAAAAAUUUAUCGAUUUACUGCCUGCAAAGGAGAAAAAUCUAUCGACACAAAAGAAGACAGCGCGGAAAGGAGUUUUUUUUGUUCUCGACGACAUUAGUUACUAUACUGCAAACGCACUGACAUUUUGUUUCAUUUUUUUGUUUUAUUGUUUCGUGAAAACUUUGAAAACCGAAAGUGAGCUUAUUUAACAAAAAACACACCUGCAUUUGCAGUGAACUGCGCUAAAUUUGCAGAGACUUAAUUAAAAUCAAGAAUCCGUCAAAAUUCCGGUCCCUACGCGCUUCAAUAGGGAUCCGCCGGGCCCUUCAGCAGACGAUCUCAUGAACACUAAACGCAAAAUUCGUACGGGUCAGACCAGACCACAGCGUGGACGAUCCGCUGCAACCGAAGGUAUCUAUAGUAAUGCAGAUUUUCUGCACGCAGCUACAUCGAACGUAGGCAAUACUGUUCAAGUGCACACAAAAUCGGGCGAAGUAUUUGAAGGAGUUUUCCGAACAUUUUCGCCUCAAUUUCAGGUGGUACUUGAAAUGGCACAUAAGUUGGAUAAUUUGAGCGACGAUCCGUCAAUAUCGGUUGCAACCGUUGCGGAUGUACUGAUCUUUAAGCCAGCCGAUAUCGUCAGCGUUGCAGCUAAAGGUGUAGAUUGGGAAUACGCGACUAGAGAUACGUUUCAAACCGAUACAGCUAUAUCGAGAUGUAACGGGUCAUCACGUUCGGAAGAGAAAGAGUUGGAACCGUGGGAUGCAUCGUCCGGUAGUGCGUUAAAUGGUGAACUAGAUUGUUCGCUCGAUUGUACCUUAUCCGAUAACAAUUCGAAUGGAUGGGAUGCAAAUGAUAUGUUUAAUAAAAAUGAACUUAUGUACGGUGUACAAUCAACUUUCGAUCCAUCGCUUAGGGGUUAUACCACUCAACUACAACAUCGCGAUGACAAAGACUUCAAAGAUAAUGAGAAACGAGCUGAAAUCAUUGCGGCAGAAAUCGAAAGCCAAGCUAAUUACAAGGAGAGAAGCGAACUGGAAAAUGGCGAUGAAGAAUCGCGAUAUGCGGCCGUAGAACGGCCGACCAGCUCGAAUAACAGUUCGCAUGGAACUAAAGAGGAAUACACAGUAUCAAAUAGUGAGAAGUACGUUGCACCGGGACGUCGUGGUAAAAACCACCAGACUGGAAAGCUGGUGCGUAACACACCACCACCACCGCUAAACAACAAUCAUCCAGCUCCGUUACAGAGUCCACAACCGGUACCGCAGCCGAAAAAUAAUAAUUAUCCAACGAUGCCUAUGCAAAUGCAAUCACCGCACGGAGGUCCGCCACCUCAAUACGUGCAACAACAAGCUCCGUUAAGUCAUAUUCACAAUGAUUAUAGCCAACCACCUCCGAACAUGUCCGUCGUCACACCGAAAUUGAAUGGUAGCGAUAACAAUAAUUCGACCAGCAAUAAUGCGGUUCUGAAUAAGGGUCCGAUGGCUCCACGAAUACGGAAUUUUAUACCUACAGCUACAACGCCAGUUGCCUUUACGGAACCCCCGCCACAGUUAGGGCCAAAAAUUUUAUCACACAUGAAUAUGAAGCCACCGAUUCAUGCCCAACACGGUCAAGUUGUACCCCAUUUACCGACGGUAAUUCAAGUUCAAGAUACUUCCCAACAAUCGCAUGUUGUUCCAGCCCAUCAUGUUGUUUUACAGCAACAGGCUAUGGUUCCGCCACAGACAUCAUUACAGCAACAAGCACCCCAGCCACAGAGGCCGCAGCGAAUGCCUCGUGACGAACAGAUUCAAGAUCUUAGGAGAUUUAAUAAACAAUUCAUACUGGCGCCACAGCAUCAACAGCCCCAUCAAACACCGCAUCAAAUUCAACAGCCUCAACCUACUAUGUCGCCGCCGCAACAAUCACCGAUCGAUGCAUCACCGUCACCACAUACACUAGUAAAUCCCCAGCAUUCAGUUAAACACCCGCAACAACAUAAUAAUAUGCAACAACAACAACAACAACAACAACAACAACAACAGCAGCAACAGCAGCAGCAGCAACAACAACAACAACAACAACAGCAUCCACAGCAGGAGUCUCAACAACAGCAGCAGCAGCAACAACAACAACCGAACUACACGUCAAACGUUCCGCAGCAUACUCAAUCUCAUAAUCAACAGCCACCAAUGGCUGUUCCAUCGCCGGGGCCAGUUCAGAUACAAUCGACUUCUCCACCGCAAACACAACAACAGCAACGGCAGCCUACACCACCGCAACAAACAUUAUUGAAUUCUGAUUCGAAUAGUGAAAAACCCAGUGCUACAAAGAGCACGUUAAAUGUCAAUGCCAAGCCAUUCACUCCACGAAAUCCGAGCACUCCCAAUCCAUCACGGCCACACACCCCACAAACGCCGCAACAGAGUAUGCCUCAAGGAACGUAUCCACAGCCGCAACAACAACACAUUGCCCAGCAGAUGAUGGUACCGGCUACGUACAUCAUGCAACAAUCAGCCGCAUUUCAAGCGCCUCAGCAUCCGCAUGCUACCCAGCAAACCCGUUUCAGGAAGAGUAAUAACUACGUUCAAGUUUCACAAAUGCAAGUUGCCGCAGCUGCUGGUCAACCGUUAUUAGCUCCAGCGCCUAUUCAACAAUUCGUUCCAUUUCCAGCACAACAUCCACAACAUUUCCAAUCACAAGGAUAUCCGCAAAUGGUGUACAAGCAAAUUCGCAUGUUCAACGAAACGACACAGCAGCCACCCAUUCAAUAUCUGACGCCAUCAACACCAUCGACAACUCCAUCGCCCGGUCAACCGCAUCAGCAACACCAACAGUAUCAUAUACCGCAACCGUCCCCUGCUGGCGGGGGACCCCAAUAUCAGGCUACAUCGCAAGCACCGCAAUUUCAAAUGAUGUGUCCACUGAUUACUGCACCGCUACAACAAUACUAUCAAGGUGGUGGCCAGCCGCAACAUCAUCCGCCACAAUUCCAAGUAUUAAUGUCUCAACAGCAUCCGGCUCAAUAAUACACCGACACAAUUCUAUCGACGUUAAACAAAGCAAAAAUAGUAAAGAGGAUAACACGUUAAACAGAAAAAAAAAAAACAAAAACAUUGGAGAGGGAGAGAGAAAGAGAGAGAGAGAGAGGAAGUUUAAUGAAUGAGUCGUUGUGCGUUUAGCUAAUUUUUUGAGCUGGAGAUUGUGUAGUUACUAUAAAGAAAUUAUGUUCCGCGAUUAUACUCUUCUUUGUGGACAGAGAGAAACAGAAACAAAACAAAAAACAGACCAGAAACAAAAAUUCAAAACAUCAACUUGCCUUGGUAAGCUAACAACCAAAAAAACCAAAACCAACAAAAAAAAAAUUAAAAUUAAAAGCGACGAGAGUAGUAGAGUGUGUUGUUGUUGUUGUUAUCAACGUUCCCAUUCGAUGGGCCGGUAAAGAAAAAGGAACUUUUUGAUUUUUGAUUUUUUAUUAAACUCAAUAAGAGCUCAAGCAAUCGAAAAUGAAUUUUUGAAUAAAACACGAGGUGAGUCCGCUUAGAAAUUUUGUUCUUAUUUAUUUAUUUAUAAAAUUUGAAAUAUUCAUUCGAGAAAUGUUAUGCGCGUUAUAGAGCUUAGGGAAUUAAAAAAAAAAAUUUUUGCUUUCCAUUGAAAACUGUACCAACCGAUCCCAAUUCAAACAAAUUGCUCAUGGGGACCAGGUGCUAGGCUUUAUGAUCCUUGGCGUUAGCCCAAUUGACCGAACAUUUUGUUUUUAUCAAUGAAAAUGCUGGUGAAUGCACUUGCAUCAAUUUCAGUGUCAACUUCCAUAGUCCGUUAAAAAAAAAAAAAAUGCGAAAGUGGGAGGAUUGUGGGUAUCAGCCACUCUACUGAUAAUAGCGGCCGAGUCAACAUAUUGGUCAAUUUUCUCUGGUGUGAUUCUGUUAGUCAAAAACAAAAGAUGAAUGGAAUGAUCGUUUAUACAUCAUUCUGACCGUAUGGUCCAGAGCAAUUGUCUGGCACGACAGGCCUUUCAAUAAAAUAAUUAUUUUUUUUUUAAACUCAUUCUUCAUCUGACACCAUUUCAAGACCAAUCUGCAUUUUGUUUCGAGACCAAUUUUCACUUGUGGAAAACACUUGCGAGCACGCGGGAAAUUCUGGUUCGCCCAAGCCUACAAACAUUUUUUUGAUAAGUAGACUUUUCCGCCAGCGACCAAGAUAUAAACCUCGUUAGAAGCCUUCUCGGGAUCAAAAAUGAAAGCUGUAGAACGAAAGUGUGUUUCGUUUCGAGUAGCUUAAGGAUAUUUGAGCCUCGACUUUAUGAGGAACUGUAGGUGCGCCGUGGGGCACUGGUCUAUGAGAGUUAUAAUUUAACUGCUAAAAUGACUGCAUUUUGACUCAACCGCUAUCAUCCGUAGAGUGUGUGUCGUUUGUAGUUUAGGCUAUUCAAUCUCACCACAUGUUGGUUUAGCUUCCAACGUGUUGUUGGCCGAAAGUCCGAAAGUUGAAUUUUCAUUGUAGGGAAAAUCCAUUCGAUAAGAUCUUAUGUCAUCAAAACUUACUCUAACCAAAAAAUCACCAGAAUCGAAAUAAGAGAAGAUCUUCGAUUGGUCAAACAUGGUUGAAUGAUAGCCUAGCAUGGAUGAAGAAAGGAUGACGAAGUGUGAUGCUGACGAUUACUGCUCUGUUGUUUUAACCGACAAAAAAAUAACUAACGUGAGCUGUCGCUGCAAAGGAUCAUAGAACAAGUUACCUGGUCGUAACAGUGUUAGAAUAAAAAUUUGCGUAUUGUCCAUCAUUCCCCAUACUUAACGAAAUCCACACGAGAAAGUGAUAUAGAUUAGAAUUAGGGAAACAUUUCCAUUAAUGCAGAUAAGUGUUCAGUGCGUUGAUGGUGCAACAUUGUGUUCAUUACUGCUAAGAAAGUCAUUUGUACGCAUUCUGCGUGUUCCCUUUUAACUUUCCUUAGAAUAAGGAAUGAGUGCCUCAUUUAGCCGAAUGAAAGAGCCAACCGAACUCAUCGAAAGAACUCAUCUAGAAGUUACUGACAAUCUUUCACCGACUUGCUAUUUUUGAUUUAAAAAAAAAAGUUUUUUAGACUCCGACGGGAUCCAAUGUUCUUUCGAAAUGUUCAUCCAAUGAUAUAUCGAAAGAACAAUGGCCUCCAAAUGAAGGUGUUGACUUAAUUGAAACAAUUCGCCAUGGCAGGCAUUGCUGGAACUUUAAUUUUAUUUCUGAUAAAAAAUCCAACCAACACAAUCACUUCGUUAUAAGAAGUAACGGAUUUGAUGAAUCUGUGUUUAUGAUGGCGAAAUGAGUUGCUUCAUUCAUCUACUUCCUUUUCUGUAUUCAUUGCAGUCGUUUUUCGUUUGCGAUAACCAAAUUGAUUUCUAACUGUUAACGAGGUAAUAUUCGAGGUAAUAUUGACGCACUUUCCACUUCCGUUCAGACUGAGAUGUAAGGAUGUUCAGCUUAAGUCUUCGAAGGAACACUUUUAGCAGUAGACUCGUCGUGACUCCAUGACUGAGUAGAUAAGUGAACCAAUUGUUUGAGCUAAAUAUCCCAAUAAAUUGAAGCAAUUGGUUAUGCCACGAAAUUCUGAUGUCUUAGUAGUGUGAAAUCUUGUGUUGAGGCUGCAACCACAAGAAAAAUUCUGAUAAUUUACACCUCACAAUGCGAUGGUUAAACGUACAAGAAACCAGAAUGAUAGUAUUUGGAAUACGGUGCAAUUAGAUUGAAAUGGAAGCAAAUCGGAAAUGAAGACGAACAGUUAUGUCCCUAAAAAACAAUUAUGAAUCGACAAUAGACGAUCCAAACAAUUUAUAAUUCUGGAUCGAUUGAGGGCUUAUUUUUGGGAAUUUUAACUUUAAAACACUUCCGAAAAAUU